AUGGCUGGUGAUCAACUUCAAGUGCUUCACGCACUUGAUCUUGCAAAAACACAAUGGUACCAUUUCACAGCAAUCAUAAUCGCCGGAAUGGGUUUCUUCACAGAUGCAUAUGAUCUCUUUUGCAUCUCACUUGUCACAAAAUUACUCGGCCGGAUUUACUACCAUGUUGAGGACCACCCAAAUCCCGGCACACUGCCGCCCCAAGUGGCGGCGGCAGUCAACAGUGUCGCGUUUUGUGGAACCCUAACCGGUCAACUCUUCUUCGGCUGGCUCGGGGACAAAAUGGGAAGGAAAAAAGUGUACGGAAUGACACUUUUGAUCAUGGUGAUUUGCUCCAUAGCCUCCGGCCUUUCGUUUAGCAAUGACCCGAAAGCAGUCAUGAUCACCCUUUGUUUCUUUCGAUUCUGGCUAGGGUUUGGAAUCGGAGGCGACUACCCUCUUUCCGCCACUAUAAUGUCGGAAUACGCGAAUAAAAAAACCCGAGGAGCUUUUAUCGCUGCGGUUUUCGCUAUGCAAGGUUUCGGGAUUUUAGUCGGUGGCAUUUUCGCAAUUAUCGUAUCAUCAUCGUUUAAAGCUAAGUACAACGUUCCACCAUAUGUGACCGACGCACUCCGUUCCACUCCUCACCAAGCCGAUUACAUAUGGCGAAUCAUCUUGAUGUUUGGCGCGAUUCCGGCCGGAAUGACGUAUUACUGGCGAAUGAAGAUGCCGGAAACGGCCCGGUACACUGCUUUAGUCGCCAAGAACGCGGGAAAGGCGGCGGCGGACAUGGCCCGUGUUAUGCAAGUCGAUAUUGAAGCCGAACAAGGAAAAGUCGAGGAAAUAACUGAAAAAGAUUCGAAUUCGUUCGGUUUGUUUACAAAACAAUUUCUCCGCCGCCACGGGCUCCACCUCCUUGGGACUACCACCACGUGGUUCUUACUCGACAUUGCGUUUUACAGUCAAAAUCUCUUCCAAAAAGACGUUUUUAGCGCGAUUGGAUGGAUUCCACCCGCGAAGACCAUGAGCGCGAUUGAAGAGGUUUUUAGAAUCGCGAGAGCCCAAACGAUAAUUGCGCUUUGUAGCACGGUUCCCGGGUAUUGGUUUACAGUUGCCUUCAUUGACCGAAUGGGUCGGUUCAAAAUCCAACUCAUGGGGUUUACAAUGAUGACAAUCUUUAUGUUCGCAUUAGCAAUCCCUUACAAUCAUUGGAAAGAACACGAUAACCGAAUCGGGUUUGUGGUGAUGUACUCUUUCACUUUCUUUUUCGCCAAUUUUGGCCCGAAUGCCACCACGUUUAUCGUGCCCGCCGAGAUUUUCCCGGCCCGGUUGCGGUCAACUUGUCAUGGGAUAUCGGCGGCAUCGGGAAAGCUCGGGGCGAUUGUUGGUGCUUUCGGGUUUUUAUAUUUGGCUCAAGAUAAAAAGAAACCCGACGUGGGGUAUUCUCCGGGUAUUGGUGUUAAGAACGCUCUUAUUGUGUUGGGUGUUGUUAACUUUUUGGGUGUUCUUUUUACACUUUUGGUCCCCGAAGCUAAAGGGAAAUCACUUGAGGAGAUGUCGGGUGAAAAUGAGGAUGAUUAUGAUGCGGUAAAGCCAGAAGAUCUAUCCAAGGUGGUAGCAACCUAA